AUGAUUAAAGAUGAGCCUGAAGGAGAUCAAGAGGGAGCACACGACAUUGGACCUGAAGAGGAACAGGACGAAUACGUGAUAUUUGAUUUCGAUUAUGAUGAGCUGGACCAGGAGCCAAACGAAGAAAAGGGCGUAGAGGAGGCUUGUAGUGAACCUCACCAGGCAGAAGCCCCGUCAAACUAUCUACGCUCUCUUGAGGAGGCAGUUAUCAGCCUGAAGCUUCAACUCAUUAUGACCAAGGCAAGGGCUGUGCGAGCCGAGCAAAAAGUAGAGGUAAUCACCCAAGAGGUGGGUGAACUGGCUGAACUUCUGGUGUGUCACCUCGACAAUUGA